CCCCAGCUCGGAGGGAGCAGCCGCCUGCCCCCAUGACAGCUCCAGAGCGCAGCCAGGACCCCGAGAGCCUCCUCCCCGCCGGCUCCCGACGCGCCUGCCCCUGUCGGAGCCUGGACUGGUGCCUGCUGCUGGGGCUGUGCGCCCUGGGCGCAGCGCUGCUGGCGUUCGCCUUGGUCUCGGCCUGGAGGGUCCUGCCCCGGCCGCUGGAGACCCCGGAGCCUACCCUAGCCUCGCCCAGAAUGAGAAAGGAGGCUGGUGCUCAGAUGAUGCCCACAAGCACUGUAAUCAAGGACAGAGUAAUGGAGUUCGAUCAUCUCCAGGGUAUUGAUGGAGUGAUUUUAAACUCCCACUUCAACUACAACGACAUUUCGCACGCGCUGGAGGUGAAGGUCGGCGGCCUCUAUUUUAUCUACGCCCAGCUUGCCGUCAAAUGCAUUGCUGAUAAGUCAUCUUGCAAUAAGUCGCAAACAGUCAAACUGAUCAUCUGGGCUCUGGACUCUGGACUCUGUUCGCGUGAGCUGUCCAGGGGCACCCACAGCCCUGUUCUGACCAUCUCCCUGCGCUUGUCCACCAAUUCGGAAGAGACCCUGUCCAAGUUCUCGGCGGUUCUGCGGCCUCUGAAAAAAGGCGACUCACUCUGUGUGAAGAUGGACACUAAUAACACAGACAUCGAGAACUGGCAGCUGGACCAAACCGACAAAAAAGACAACUUCUUUGGCCUCUUUAAGCUACCUAGUUCUGCUGAGUCAGUGGACCAGUAGGCGGGAGCAAGGACCUUAGCGGUGGGAGUGGCAGUCAGUAUAUCGCCUUCGGUUCUCUCGGACUCUCUGCUAGAGGUUGUGGAGGGUAGAUUCCACCUAGCAAAAUUCCCAGGGUAACAACCAACAGCAGACACUGGGAAAACACGGUGUGUUGCUAGCUCUGGCAUGGCACCGUCGCUUUGAGUGGCGACAGCUGGUUUCCAUUCGAAGCAGGCCUGAAAGGGAAGGAACACGCUGUGAGGCGCGCUCGCCACACCGAAGAACCGGCGUGGGUCUGGUUUUAGCGAUCAGUGAUAUUUAUUAUGAUGUGUUUCUUUAGCAUUCUGUAAUUUAUUGUAAGCAACUGGGAGAUUGAAUGAACGGUGCUGCUUUUUUUUUUAUUUGUGUGUGGGGGUUGCUUUAAAUGUUGACAUGGACAGAUAUAUUUCCAUUGGGGCACACAGCAACCUUAAUACUGAUGUAGUAAUUCCCGUGACGGUCAGCAUUAUGAUUAUCCGAUCAUUGCUGCACGUGGUAUUAUGCCAUCCCUUUGGUCUUAUGGUGCUAGUGUAUGGUGCUGAUCAGUAUGGUUUAGCCAUUGCCCACUGCUGGCUGGCAUUGUAACUGCUCAGUCAUGUGUCAUAGGCCCUAUAUUGCUGAAAGCUACUGGAGAUUCUCUUUUAGUAGAAGUAGAUUGAAGCCCUAAGAGGCGACAGAUUUGUUACAAGAGGGUGUUUGCCUAUUUUGCAUUCUGUGAUUAUGUAUCUUAAAGUAGAGAGUGUCAGCAUCUGUGUGGCCCCUCCCCCACCCCAAAUUAACUACUAAAAAUACACCUAUGAAAAUGCAUCUGUUUGAAACUUAAUUGGAAAGAGUCCGUUUAGAAUUUAAGCAGCCUUCUGCCAUGCUCCUAAAAUUGGGUCUUAUUCACUAGCACAGUGUCUCGUCAAUUUCCAUUUCCUGGUUGUGGUGUUAGCUCAGGGUGGAAAUUGACUAGCUGGUUUCCACUGUACAAUCUGAGUGACGUGUAAACAGCGUAAAUGGGAUUAUUAAAAAAUGCAUUUAAUCCCUAAUAGUCACUUGGUCGGGGGUCGCAACAGCUUUCACAGGAGGCUUCUUGAGUUAUUUAAGAAGAUUGUGAUUAUUUUUAAAGCAAUUUAGAGAUGCUUAAAUUAGCAGAUACAACAGUUGCCAGGUUUCAUGACUUUAUCAUGAGUCUUAGGAUAUUUAGUCCUUUUCUUAAAGCCCCAGGCUCUGGUGUCAUGUGAAUGCAUCAACUCUCAGGAAUCAUUUUAACAAAAAUCAAUCCUAGCUCUAGUUUGUGGAGAAAUGCUGGAAAAAAGUGGCCCCCUGAAGUGCAAAAUCCAGAAAGCAAAAGAAAUCCCAAUUUUAUUUAUAUCCUUUUAAAAUCUCCUGAUCUUUUUUCAGCCAAGCUCACGAUUUUUGUGCAGCCUGACUUGUGAUAUUUUGAAUGCUUGGGACUGGUAACCCCUGCACAGAGAACUACAAUCAUGCCAAUAACUUCACUUGAAACGGCACUUAUCAAAGGCUCGGGUCUAUCACUGCAAUAGCAUUACUCAGAGUAAGAUACUAUUCUGCACGCAGAAAGUGAGCAGUGCUGGCUCCUAAGUUAUUGGGGCCCUGAUCUUUUUAUUAAAGGAGAUGAGACUGCAGCUCACCUUGACUUCAGCUGGAGUUGGAGGGACUUUGCACUUCUGGAAUAAAGACUUCCAUAGCUCAAUGCUGUUCUCUUGCACUCAUGCUCUUCAGAACCCCUUAGGUAAAGCAACAGUGGUUCCAGACCUGUGUGUUUUUAAUACAUUGUCUGUGAAAGUUUGUCUGACAUUCAGAUAUAUGCAUUUUCUUCCUCCAUACUGGGGUAUAUUUAAUAUAUGACUAUACAGUUUAAGUAUUUAUUAGCAAUACAUUUUUAUUUCCAGCCAGUGGAUUAACCCACAAGAACUAAGGUAAACUCAGUCAUGAGUGAGUUUAGAGGAGUAGUUUCUUAACCUUUUCCAUCCUUUACAAAAAGCAUCUAGAGAUUCCCUUUCCUCUCAUCUUAAAAAGUGUGAAAAGGUGUAACCCCAUAGGCAGAGAACCUCUGAUUUUAGGACACUUGUUCUCUGGUGGCUGGAAAUAACUUGUUCUCAUUUAUUUAAAUAAGGCCUGUACCAUGUGCAUGGGAACAGCUAAGACUCAGGUGUAUUAUUGUCAUAUAUGCUCUAACUUGUUUUGUAAAAACACUUCUGGAAUAUAUAUACUAUAUAUUUAGUAUGCACUUUAAAUUGCUUAUUUAUUUUGAUACAGCAGUUAAAAUGGACGUGUCCAUCAAUAAUAAACUAUUUAUACUCAAGA